UGCCCGGGGGGGCCCCAUCAGCCCCUCCUCAGCUGCCUAGCAGAGCAGGCAGUUAGUGGGGAGGGGAGGGAACAUGGAGCGGGGGCCGGUGGUGGGGGCAGGGCCGGGGACCGGGGCCCGAAUCCGGGCGCUGCUGGGCUGCCUGGUCAAGGUGCUGCUCUGGGUGGCCUCUGCCUUGCUGUACUUUGGAAGUGAACAGGCUGCCCGCCUCCUAGGCAGCCCCUGCUUACGCCGCCUCUACCAUGCCUGGUUGGCAGCAGUAGUCAUCUUUGGGCCGCUUUUGCAGUUCCAUGUCAACUCCCGGACCAUCUUCGCCAGCCACGGCAACUUUUUCAACAUAAAGUUUGUGAAUUCGGCGUGGGGCUGGACAUGCACCUUCCUGGGGGGCUUUGUGCUGCUGGUGGUGUUCCUGGCUACUCGGCGUGUAGCAGUGACUGCCAGGCACCUGAGCCGACUAGUGGUGGGGGCUGCCGUGUGGCGGGGCGCCGGCCGAGCCUUCCUGCUCAUCGAGGACCUGACUGGUUCCUGCUUUGAGCCUCUGCCCCAGGGCCUGCUGCUCCAUGAGCUGCCAGACCGCCGCAGCUGCCUAGCAGCUGGCCACCAGUGGCGGGGGUACACGGUUUCCUCCCACACCUUCCUGCUCACCUUCUGCUGCCUGCUCAUGGCCGAAGAAGCAGCGGUGUUUGCCAAGUACCUGGCCCACGGGCUGCCUGCUGGCGCCCCCCUGCGUCUUGUCUUCCUGCUCAACGUGCUGCUGCUGGGCCUCUGGAACUUCUUGCUGCUCUGUACCGUCAUCUAUUUCCACCAGUACACUCACAAGGUGGUGGGCGCGGCAGUAGGCACCUUUGCCUGGUACCUCACCUAUGGCAGCUGGUAUCAUCAGCCCUGGUCUCCAGGGAGCCCCGGCCACGGGCUCUUUCCCCGUGCACACUCCAGCCGCAAGCAUAAAUGAAAAGAAAUAAAGGCACAUCAGGCUUG